AUGGCUAACAUAGCCGGCAAAAAGUAUUCCAAAGAGGAAGCUGAAGCUUACCUCCGCUCCGUUGUCCCAAAACGUAUUUCCCUCUUCGAAACCAUUCAGAAUGAGCAGAAACUCCACCGCCUUUCUCUGCCCUCUGAAACAAUCAAGAUUAAUGUGUUGCCGGAUGGGAUACUAAAAGAGGGCAAGAAGUGGAACACUUCGCCCUUUGAUGUUGCUAAGGGAAUUUCCAAGAAUUUGGCUUCGAAUUCAUUGAUUUGUAGAGUCAACGGGGUGCUCUGGGAUGUGCAUAGGCCAUUGGAAGGGAACUGUGAGCUCAAGUUCUUUACUUUUGAUGAUGAUGAUGGAAGAGAUGUAUUCUGGCACUCUAGUGCUCACAUUCUUGGCCAAUCACUGGAGCAGAUUUAUGGCUGCAAACUUUGCAUUGGUCCUUGCACAUCAAGAGGAGUUGAUGGUUUUUACUAUGAUGCUUUCUAUGGUGAUUUGGGGCUGAAUCAGGAACACUUUGAACGGAUUGAGCGCGGGGCGAAAAUAGCAGUUUUGGAAAGACAGCGUUUUGAGCGCAUUGAGGUUACAAAGGAUCAAGCUCUUGAGAUGUUCUCUGAUAACCCAUUCAAGGUGGAAAUCAUAAAUGAUUUACCAGAAGAUGAAGCUAUUACUGUUUACAGAUGUGGUCCUUUGGUUGAUUUGUGUAGAGGGCCUCAUAUACCCAACACAUCCUUUGUGAAAGCUUUUUGUUGUUUGAUGGCUUCUUCGGUUUAUUGGAAAGGAAAGCGAGGUCGUGAAAGCUUGCAGAGAGUUUAUGGAGUGGCUUUUCCGGACCAGAAUCGCUUGAAGCAAUACAAGGAUGAUUUGGAAGAGGCUAAGAGAUAUGAUCACAGAGAGCUGGGCAAGAAGCAGGAAUUGUUCUUUUUUCAUCCACUUAGUCCUGGAAGUUGUUUCUUCCUUCCACAUGGGACUCGAGUUUACAACAAACUGCUAGAGUUUAUACGAAAUGAGUAUUGGGAUAGGGGUUAUGAAGAGGUGGUGACUCCAAAUAAUUUUAACAUGGAGCUGUGGGAGAAGUCCGGCCAUGCUCAGAAUUACAAGGAGAAUAUAUUUGUCUUUGAGAUCGAACACCAGGAAUUUGGACAAAAACCAAUGAAUUGCCCGGGGCAUUGUGUGAUGUUUAAACAUAGAGUUCGUUCCUACAGGGAACUGCCUCUUCGUUUGGCUGAUUUUGGUGUCCUGCAUUGCAAUGAGGCCAGUGGCGCGCUCUCUGGUUUGACGCGUGUUAGGAGAUUUCAGCAGGAUGAUGCUCACAUCUUUUGCACAGAGUCGCAACUAUCUACCAGGCCAGAGGAGAAAUUUGUUGGGGAGUUGGAAACAUGGGAUAAGGCUGAAGCUGCUCUCACAGAAGCAUUAAACGAGUUUGGCCAGCCAUGGGAGGUAAAUGAAGGGGAUGGAGCCUUUUAUGGACCCAAAAUUGAUAUCAGUGUUAAGGAUGCUAUGAGGAGGAAAUUUCAGUGUGCCACAUUGCAGCUGGAUUUUCAACUUCCUUCUCGAUUCGACUUGUCAUACACAACUGAAGAUGAGAUCAGGGAGAGACCAGUGAUGAUUCACAGGGCUAUCCUUGGUUCAGUUGAGCGUAUGUUUGCUAUAUUAUUAGAACAUUACAAAGGCAAAUGGCCAUUCUGGCUCAGUCCUCGCCAAGCGAUUGUCUGCCCUGUCUCUCUCAGAAAUCUCUUCCCUAUGCACAAUGGCUGCGGGAUCAGAUUCAUGGUGCUCGGUACUAUGUUGAUGUUGAUAGCACAGAUGGAACCAUCAGCAAAAAGGUUGCAGCAGCCCGAGUGGCACAAUACAACUAUAUCUUAG